UGAGUCCAUUCCAUCUCCUGGCUCAACCUCAGAGCAAGUUAACAAUUCUAAUUCCCUGUGGAAACCAUGGAUUGCUCCGAGACCUCUUCAGACUCUGGCCCAUCAACCUGUAAUGAUACCAACAGGCUCUUGGAAAACUCAACAGGGGAACCCAAACCUGAAUCCAAAUCCUUGAAUGGCACUUCCAACAAGGAAAAUAGAGUCAGAAAGAGAAUGGCCUAUAGCAAAACACAACUUGAGGAACUGCAUUUUCAUUUCAAACAGAAUGCAUAUCUUAAUUCUGAACAAAUGGACCAGAUAUCUAAGAAACUGGGUAUCUCUCACAGACAGGUAAGAAAAUGGUUCCAGAAUAUGAGAAUGAAGAGGAAAAAACAGAUGAAUGUUUCAGACCAGGAAUCUCACUUGGAAAAGAUAUGUGAUUCAGCUAUAAUGCAUCCUAGUAGGACUCAAGGGGAUCUGCAGUCCACUGUUGCCCAGCCCACUGUUACCUUGCAGCAAGACUUUAGGACAAAUACCACUUGCAGAAUUAAAAUGGAAUGUCAAUCCUGCAAUUACUUUUCUCACUUUCAUAAAGAACAGAAGACAGUUAACUUGCCAAAUUAUAAUGAUCACCAAGCAAUGGCUGUUCCUGCUUAUUCCAAUUCCUAUUUAGAGCCUACUACUUUUCAGCCAAGUUAUGGAAUGAAUCAAUCCUGGAACAUGUUCUCAAAAGACAAUUUCCCACAGCAACAAUGUAAUAGAGGAAAUCAUCAUGGUGACCUAAUUUAUCAUUACUCUGAGGUCAACUCAGUGUCUGGGAAACCUACAGUCUUCAUGCAACUUUAAUACCAUAAUAAACUCCCACCAUAGACCCUUACUCUCCAUGAUGUGAAUCGUGGAGAUUGUUCUCAGAGAUUGUUAAAAGAAAAAUGAUAAUUAGAUCAAUUCUCCAAUAUUGUCCAGUUUGUAUAAUAAGGAGAGGUCAAAAAUUUUUCCUUUUAGCCUCUAUUGUCUCAGUGAUGUGCAGCAAAACUCUUAAAUCACCCAACCUCUGAGACUAUCUAAUUAGUAUCUUGAAAAGACAGUCACAACAACUUUUGAAACUUUGAUUAGCAUAUCUUUCGACAAUUCUGGGACCUGGUGACUCUGGUGGAUUCUACCAGUCUCCUUGAUUCCUCCCCCUUGCUCCAUAAAUCCUGCCCCGAUCCCUUUGCUCCCCUGAGACUUUAAAAAUUGUAUAUCCUGAAAUGCAUUAAGUAUAACUGCCUUUUGUAUUUUCUAUUCAAUCCCACGAAGCUAUUUAUGUAAAAUAAAUAGCAAAUCUUUGUAACCUA